AUGCCUGAAGAGAUCGUCAUCAAUGGCAAGGCCGUGGCAACCGACCACAAGCACCAGCACAGGGAUGCAUCAAGCUCUGACCACAUCCUCAUUCGGACCAAGGGCGAUCCCUUGAACAAGGCCCAGAAGAAUGAGCUGAAAGCACUCGGCGUCGACAUCCACGAGUUUGUUGGCAAUGAAACUCAGCAGCUCUACCUCUGUGGCUACCCCAAAGACUCGCUGGUCAAGAUCCGUGCUCUCAGUUACAUCGAGUACGCCGAUGUCUAUGCACAGGAAUUUGUCGUUCCUGAUGUGAUGCAGACUGCAAGCACCCACUCUAACGAUGCGGUGGAAGUCGACAUCCUCAUGCAUCGCGAUGUGGAAGAGAUCGACAGAGACCUCAUAGCCAAGAUCUCAGAGGCUGCCGAUGUAGAAAAGUCGGCCAUCUCAGUCGACUCGGGCAUGGUGAGAGUCAAGGUCGACGCUGAAGCGUUGGACAAGCUCGCCGCCCUCGACGAGGUGCGAGUCAUCCACCCAGUCAAUGAACGCACCAUCUUCACCAACGUUGCUCGUCGACUCUUGGGGUCUGAUGAUGCGAUGUUCAAUGGCACUGCCUACAAGGGUCAAGACCAGAUCAUCUGUGUGGCCGACACUGGCUUCGACGCUGGCAGCACGACAGAUGUGCAUGACGCAUUCACCGGUCGUGUGAAGCAGCUCUACGCCUGGGGCCGUCGGACACAGAACAGCUCUGACGACCCGGAUGGCCAUGGUACUCACGUCUGUGGCUCCGUCCUUGGUCGAGGCCAGCACAGCACUGAGGGUUCGAUCGAGGGAACAGCUCCAGCUGCAUCUCUGAUCGUGCAGUCCAUGUUUGUCCGCUUUGACUGGAGGAAUCGAUCAAUCCUUGGUGGCUAUCCCGCGGAUCUUGGCCAACUGUUUGAUGAGGGGUACCAGGCUGGUGCUCGCAUCCACACCAAUUCAUGGGGCACGCCGCUGCCGACGACAAAUGUACAGCGGCCGUACGAUGCCAGCGCCGAGAGCAUUGACAGAUAUGUCUGGGAUCACCAGGACAUGACGAUUCUCUUUGCCGCUGGCAACGACGGGCAGGAUUCCAACCUCGACGGCAAAGUUAACGAUCGUUCGCUCGGUGCAGAGGCGUCAGCGAAGAACUGCAUCACCGUCGGAGCAUCUGAGAACCUUCGGCCCACCUUGCUGUCUGGUAAGAACGGCGGUCCGUACACGUACGGCGCCUUCUGGCCGGACAAGUUCUCUCAAAACCCUCUGAGGGACGACCACCAGGCCGACAACCCGGAAGGUCUCGCGGCGUUCAGCAGCCGGGGUCCCAGCGCCGAGAACAGGCUCAAGCCUGACGUCGUGGCGCCUGGCACAGCUAUCCUCUCCGCCAAGUCGAGAAAGAAGAGGUUCCUGGGCGGUGUCGACAGGACGGGCGUCUCGGACGACAGCCGGUACCUGUACCUGUCUGGUACGAGCAUGGCGACGCCGCUUGUGGCUGGGUGUUGCGCUGCUGUUAGAGAAUGCCUCCUCAAGAACGGCUACACAGAUGAAGCCAACGGGGUUACCAACCCUACGGCAUCCCUUAUCAAGGCUCUCAUCAUCAACGGCGCUGUCCCCGUGGCGGGCCAGUAUGUGCCACUCCAUAUCGGCCAGGGACCCAAUCCGCAUUCGGGAUUUGGACGAGUCAACAUCGCAAACACCAUCGCGAUGAUUGAGCCUGAUAUUUCCUCUUCUGGGUAUGGUAUCGGUGUCAUCGAUGAGGAGACAGAGGAACCAUUCGUGGCUCAGAUCCCUAUUCCCCCUCCGUCCGGCGACAGUGGCCAGACAUUGAAGCUUACAAUGACUUAUGCCGACCUUCCUGGCGCGUCGCUGUCUAAUGACCUCAAUCUUGUGGUCGUGGCAGGUGAUAAACAGCGACAUGGCAACCAAGGCAAUGAGGAGUUUGACGUCAAUGCGACGCAGACAUUCGACCGCAGCAACAACGUCGAGCAGAUCGUCUGGCCAAAGAUUCCUGGCGACAGUGUCAAGGUCAUUGUCAAGCAUUACCGUCUACUUAGUGCUCGUGUGCCAUUUGCGUAUGCUUGGAGAUUCUACUAG